AUGGAGGCACGACGACGAUAAUCGGACCUUUACGUAUCAUCGUCUCGCAUCGGUGUUCCUCUUUAAUUCUUCCCUAGCUCUUCAGAGAGUGUUUGGCUUUGAUCAUGCACGUUAAUGGUAGGAUGCCGUUGGCGAUGUGUUAGUUGUGUGCAUCAUCGUGAAGAGAUUACUAGACGGUCGGUAUAUCUGUGAGAUUGCUGGUGCGCCGUCCAAAAAUAGACAAAUGAACGACGAGCGUGCCAUCCUUGUCGGUGGUUCCACGCACUUCGUAACAAUGCACGAUUAUUAAAAGGUUCGUGAUCAAAACCAGAUAGGAAAUGGAGGUACUAAAAACCAGCCAGGAGAUAGUGCACGAAGGGUGGCUCAUUAAAUCACCACCCACGAAACGUUGGCGAGCGCGAUGGAGGAAAAGGUGGUUUGCUCUUCGACAUAGUGGAGAGUUACCUGGACAAUACUUUUUAGAGUAUUAUACGGACAGACCUUGUAGAAAAUUGAAAGGUCGUAUCGAUCUUGAUCAAUGCGAACAGGUAGAUGCAGGACUAAGAUUUGAGAAUCGAAAGCAGAAGUAUCAGUACAUGUUCAAUGUUAAAACACCCAAAAGGACAUAUUAUUUAGUAGCAGAAAGUGAAGCAGAUAUGAACAAAUGGGUGGAUGCGGUUUGUCAAGUGUGCGGUUUGAAAGCAUACACGCAAGACGAAGAGCAGCAGUGUCAAAGUAUAUACCGUUGUUAUUUAAUUUAUUUAAGAUCUAAUACAUUUUCAUUUGAAACACAAGAAUCCCCACCAGUUUCGCCUAUUAGCACUAUUUCUGGUCCUUAUAUUCCUAUUAGCGAAUGCAUUUCUGGACGUCGCUUAAACGACACCAGUUCUCUUAAUUCGGCUCUUGGUCAAGGACCUGAACAUUACGAUGCCCCCAGACGAUUGGCUCCUUCUCCUCCAAGAUCCCCGACGACCACUGACGCGGAAAGUGUCUUCACCGACGACGAGUGGACAGCUCCUGUGCCUAGCGUUAACUGGGAAACGUUUCCUUCCUCGGGUGAAACCAAACAGCCGCAAGGCUCGAACGACGCCGAAAUUGGUUCCUGGAGCGUGAGAAAACGAUUUGGAAAGUUGAGGAUCGUUGAUUCCGCUGUACCGCCUUCCGUAGAGAAGUUACCAGCACCUCCUAGGCCACCAAAACCUCCGCACAUGUUACCUGAAAAUCCUGGUCAUAAUUAUUUAAAUUUAGACGGUGCUACCGAAAGCUCAAAACCUACCACUCCAGCCACCCCCGCACCAUCGACACCUGCUACUGUAACCGUGACGGAUGAAUCCUAUGAUUUUCCGAGAUCUCACCAACCGGGACAAGCACUCGAUACAACUCCGAUCGAUCAAUCGUCUAAACAUUUUUACUCAAACGCCGCCCCUAGUACCGUCGAAGAAACGCGUGUGUUUCGAUACGAUUUUCAAGAAGACGAACCGUCGAGUCCACGUUCCGAAAGUUCAACAACUGCUACGUAUUCGAAUUUACCCAGUCCGCUUGUUCGGGAUAACUCGACUUCUGUACCAACGACAAUGGCACCUCCACCACCAGUUGUUUACCGAGAAUUAAAACCGGGGAGAAAAACUAGCGACUCUACGUCAAUUAUUAGUAACGAACCUUCGCCCGGACCAAUAGCACCAGUCGUAGAAAUGAGUUCUGCGGAACAUUCGCCUGCCGAACCGCCGAGUAUUAAUAGAAAGCUCAAACCACCAUUAAAUAAAUCACCGGUGGAAGGCACAGGACCUCUACAACUAGCUUCUCCGCCUGGAAGAGGAAGAAUCAGAGCAGCCCCUAGUCCAACGCCCCCGUCACAUGUACACUCAAAUCGGAACCAGUCAACAUCGGACGAAGAUAACAAUGCUUUCGAUGACAAAGAAGAGAUAUACUACUACCAGGAUCAAAAUACGUUCAUUCCCGCUUCGAAUCGGCGUCUCGUUGUUUUGCAAUAUUUAGAUCUUGAUUUAGAGGCGACAGAAAGUUUUACCUCUUCAAGCUUGCCUCCAACUCAGUCUCCACCAAACACGACGGUAUACAAAACAGUGGAUUUCUUAAAAACCGAAGCAUUUAAUCGUACACGGCAACGAGUCGAGGAGGAGAGGAAACAAUGCACGGACGAACUUGCUUAGCGUGAGCUUUUGUUUUUCUUUUAAAUUUUGUUGACGAAAUUCUUGAAUGCAUCAAAGAGAAAAGGGCGGGAGAUUCGCGAACAUUUUUAAGCUGUGUAUAGUAUUGUUACUAUUUUACUAGCACUCUAUGACAUUACGAAACUGCGAUACUUACGCAGCACUUGGCGACUCUUCCGAUGCUUUUUUUUUAAAUCGUUAUGUUUGUUAUUAAGUCGAAGAUGAUUUCGAAUCUUCGUUAUCAAUGAUAUACGACUAGUUGGAAACCGAAGAGAUAGCAAUAUUCAAUGGACCAAAAAUGUAAUGUUAAAGUUAAGGGAAAACGAUUAAGAGGCGAUAAAAAGAACGCGAUUUUGCGGGACUUGAUGUAUCACAAUUUGUUAAAGAAUUUUUAAUUAGAAGAGUAAGUAUUAUUACACUUAGGUACGGUCACUGUUUUUAUAUAGGUUUUACAUACAUUUAAUACAAGAAAGAGGCAUUUUUAUUAUCGACCAUGCAACGAAUUAAACGUGUAUGGUAUUGCUGAAAUUUUUUAGAUAUCCUAAUUUUAACUAUUAAACAAAUAACAUGUAAUAUAUUUUCGAUGUGCCUGAAUUUAAUGUUUAUUUUCUUUUUUUUUUAUUUGCUGAGGUGAUGAGUUGUUUGUUAGUGUGUAUCAUGGACGGACAAUGGAGUAUCAUAUUUAUGGAUGUAGAUACGGUAGAUGUACAAUUAUUUCGCAACUAAUUCUUCGCAAAAAUAACGUCGCGCAAAUUUCCGUCUACAUUGGUUUUAAUAGUUUUAAACGAAAACCGUCGAUAUAAUUAUUUAUAUCUUACGCUAUUUAAUUUUGUUGUUAUCUAUAUUCUCUUUUCUCUCGUGACGUUAUAGGACAGGCUUUUAAAAUGUAUAAUUUAUAUUUAACUAUUGACAGUGUGUUCACUGUACCUGCCGACACGAGUUGACAACGUAUGGUAAUCAGAGAUCAUGGCCAUAAAAUCACAAUAAACGAAAGACAUACGCAUAUUUUUUAAUAACCAUUUACGUCUGUUGGCCUUAGAUAUAAGGUCGUCGAGCAAUAUGUAGUGAGACAGUCUGCUUUUCGCAUCAGCAAAUUUAAUAAAUCGAUGGCUCUGUUCGUUAUGUUCCACGAGCUCUUCCCCGAUCGCUCCUUUAUCAAAUGUCAGCUUUUCAUCUUCGCCUACCCUCUUUGGCUCAUUUCUUGGCCCGCACGUAAAAUACGUUUCACCAUUUUCACUAUUUCCUGCAUGAAUUUCUUGUGUUGCAACCUAAUUUUACUAAAGAUCCAGGAUCUACAUCUAGUCUCUUGAAAUCCAACUUGCUACAAUCCACCUAAAAACCCUUAGAUGUGACUAAUUCCUCGAAUGACAUUUCAUCUUUAGCUCAAUUGUUUUCUAAUCUAUCCUCCUCAUGAGUCUGUAUAUUGUCCCCUUUUAAUGAAUCAAUCUCAUAUGUUGUGUUCUGUAGGAUGGGACAACAGACCUGGUCUAUAACCUCGCUAAUACAUAAAAUUCUUCACUACUACAAUAUCACUAUCUAUGUUAGUUAGUUCAGGAUCUAUUAUUAGCAUCUGUAACUCUACUGUUGUUAUGGUUUAGUCUAUCCCAGAGUGCUUCUAUUACACUUCCCUGUCUCAUUACAGGUGUUCCAUUAAUGGUUCGUUCCCUUUGUAAGUUUUAUGUCUACUAGGUAUAAGGAUUUUUUUAAUAACCAUUACAAUACAGAAUCACAUGCCAUAGCUAGAUGUGUAUACAUAAAUACGCACUAGAAAGUACAUGAAAAUAUAUUUUAGGUAUAAAAAAAAUGUAUACAUAUACAACAAUACAUAUAUGUAUACAGUUUUAUUUUUAUAAUGGCUGUAUUGUAAUUUCCUCUCCAUAAAGGAAAUUUGUACAUUGUUGGAAAAUUAUUUGCCUUAUUAUCUGCGCGAGAUAAAAUAAUUACUUGAUCGAUAAUAUUUUUAAUUGCCGGGGUUUCAAGGUAGCCUUUAUUAAACGUAAUUUUAGUCUCUUAUAAGUACUGUGUGAUCGUAGAAGAAAUCGUAACUCAAUAAUGCACACUGGUACGGAAUCUCGAGAAGCUAGUCCGAAAUAAAAUGUGUUUUCAAAUUUUUAUGCAACAUCGCUGUUUGGUCGAUUUCUUCACGCGCAUUUCCACUCUGUCCUUCGUGUAUGCGUUUCUGUUCGCGCGGAAAGGAUGUUUGGUGUACCGAUUAGAUUCACAGCUAAUUUUGUUUGCCCCGAUUCCGUAUCAUCUACGCUUUAAAUUGAGACCAAAGUACUAGCGGUAGUAACUCUUUAAUCAGGGACUCUGUUCCACUGUGCAACGUGAGACAUUUGGUUUUCCAAAUUAUAUUUAUGCGUUAAUGUAUUUUAUUCGUAGUGAUGCAUGGUACGAUAUGCAUGACUCGUAUAAAGAAAGCAACGUACAAA